AUUAAAUUAAAAGGCUAAAACAAUAAUUAAUAAUUGUCAAAUUACUAUUAUUUUUGAUGACAAAACAAAACAAGAUUUUCAAAUGAAAGAAACAAAAUCAAAUAAAUAAUGGAUUCAUCAAAUUUUACCAGCCCUCUUCAGGCAGUGCAAACGAUUUCAAUAUUUACCUAUUUAAAUACACUCAGCGAUUUUUUAUUCGCUAUGAAUUUUUUAAACGAAACAAAUCAAUAUCAACCAAUACCAAUUGUUAAUGCUCUCUACAAUUAUAUAAUUGAUGACUAUCAAGAGGAUCGAAUUUCAAUGAUAAGAUUCGAAUUUUUAAAAAACAAUUUUCCCAAACAUGAUUACACAUGGUACAAUUAUUCCACCAUCAACUAUUGUGAAAAUCGAACCAAAAUUAUUUGGGAUCGAAAAAUAAAUUUAGCACGAAAAUUAAUAAAAGGCACCGAUCUGUAUGGUGGGAAAGAAAAUGAAAUUCUUGAUCCUAAAUUCAUUGACGCCUUAUACAAACAUUUAAUUAGUACUCUUGUUUUUGAAAAGUAUACAAAUAUUAAUGGAUUUCUUGUUGAGAUUAUUCGUAAUUCUGAUGAUUUGAAAAUAACUACAAUAUUGGAACGAAUUUUUUUGGAAUUAUCAAAAAUAACAUUUUUAAGUGAAAAUGGAAUAGAAACGAAAUUGGAAACAAUGGUAAUUUUAAAUAUUCUUCAGGAUUUUAUAAUUCCUAUGUUUCCUGAACCAAAGGGACAUAGUUUAUUGUCGGUUGACUAUGUUUACGCUCAAGCUGGUGCAAUAUUUUAUCUUUCCAUUCAAAGUUCUUCGAUUUUGAUACCAAUGGAAGUUAAAAAUAAAACAAAUGAGGAAUUUAAUCAGUAUAUUGCUCUGGGUCAGGCAGUGGAACAAUUGGUAGUUGCAGAAAAAAUUGAUAAUUCAGCGCUAAGUAUUUUUACACUUCCGGCACUUUUUCACUAUGUUUACAAAGAAAAACAGAAUUUAAAACUUCAAAGUACGAAAAAUAUAAUUAAUAAUUCGACCCUAGUGAUGGAAGCCUACAAAAUGUUGUUUAUGUACCUAAAUUCCAGCUUUGCAGAAGUGGAGAAGGCAAAGAAAAAUGAUUAUCGAUAUCAGUUUCAUUUAGCUUUGUCAAAUUUUAAAAAUCGAACAACCCUGGCUAGGGAAAUCAUUAGGAGUAAAUGUUCCUCGGUCAAGGAAAAGAAUUUGGAGGAUGAGGUCACAAAAUACAAAAAUAAUCCCGAUGAUUAUCAAUGUAAUAGUAGAAAUGGUAAAACUUUGGAGGAUGUUAAUCGUCUUUAUCAGGAACAGGUUGACAAGAUUACGGAUAAAUACUUUAGAUAUGAAAAGGAAUCAAUUAGGGAGGCUUUUGGUUCGGAGUUUAUUAAAUCCGUAGAUGCUACAAAAGUGGAAAUAUCCAUGGGUUUGUUUUCGUAUAUUGUUAACAUUAUAGCAGCACGUGAAUUUCAGUGGGUCAAAUCAUCGGCCGAUUUGUUUAGAUUUAAUUUUAUUGAUAAUGAAACGUCAUUGUAUUUUGCUGUUUUGAGGGAGAACAACGAAAUUACGCUAAUUCAGGAGAAUCGAAGUGUUUUUAAUUGUUCCACAAUUUCUAAUGGUGUUUCCUCUACUGCUAAUUCUGCAGCUUCUACGGAUUUUGCAUCAUCUACUGGUUCUGCAGCUUCUACAGAUUUUGCAUCAUUUGCUAAAUCUGCAGCUUUUACUGGUUCUCCAUCAUCUGCUAAUUCUGCUGAUUUUGGUAGUUUUUCUAAAACCCCCAAAAGAAACAUAAUCCAAUGCAGCUCUGCAGCUUUUCGGGAAAAAUUAGAAUUAGCCAGAUCCCAAAAGUUUAGCAACUACUUAUUCAACUACAUUAAGAAACACAAAAACGAAAAAUUCGACGUUUUCCUAAACCGAAUAGCAGAGGAAAGAGCGACAAAGUUUAAAGAAAGCAUCUCCCUCGAGGGAUACGACCAAACGAGAAAAGAAUGGUGGAAAGAUUUUGGAUUAUCACUCCUUCCAUUUUACACCUGUAUUCAUGGAAUACGAACACAUCACUAUCAGGAAGCGGAAAUAGCAUGUUCACUUGAUAUCCUAUUUUCCCUUCCUCUCGUCGGGGAAAUUGGAUUACUAGCCGAAAAAUUGACAACAGCAGUAACUAGAUCGGUUCUCUCUUCUAUAGGAACGACAUUUGGUUCCCUAACCCUAAAAAUGACAAUACGGGAAACAUUGGAGAAAUUCAGCGUUUUGGUAACCAAUGAACUUUCAACCUUAUUCACUAGGGAAACAUUCAAAAAUCUCGGUCUGUCUGUAUUUCGCUAUCUUGAUCCUGGAUUCGAACUAAUUUACACAAUCGGCAAAGGGGGUUUAAAAUCCGUUAUUUCUGUAAUCAAUGGCCUGGAAAAAUACUCCCAAUCUUUCAAAUCGGUGGUAAAUCGUCUCCUAGAUACCGAAACUAAAUUAUUGAAUUCGGUGAGAAAAAUAGAAACACUCUUCAAAAAGGACGUGUACGUUAAUUCAUUGACCAAAUCAUCGGGUUAUGGAUACAAAUUCCUACACUUUGAAAAUCAAAUUGUCCAAGUUAGAAAAGUUCAGGAAUACGGUGAAAGUUUACCGGUGAUCCUUCACCAAGAAACAGAUAAAAUCACUUACAGGGUUCUUAAUACCUACACUGGGAGAGUGAAAUCAAAAACUGUGCAUCUUGAAGACAAUUUUCCCCAAUCCAAACCCGGAGAAUUUCGUAUCAAAAGCUUCCAUAAUUCCCAAACUUGUCUAAAUUCCCGAAAUAAACGAUCACUGAAAAAAUUUCUCUGCCUAAGAAACAUUUUACGUGACAGAAGAAAAAUAAUCGAAAAAGCAGCUAUUGAUUUUACACUUCAACACUCGGAGGAACUAUCAGAGGACGUUGUACGUAAUCAAUUGAAAAGAUUCGUUUUUCCAGGCAAUGGAGAAUUACAACUAAAUUUCGUCACCGAAUGGAGGGAAUUAAUAAAAUCCGGAAAGACAAAUUUACCCAUUUGGACCAAACAAUAUGAAAUAAAGAAUCCUGAUCUAUUUGACAAAUUAAGAUAUUCUGAUGCAAUGGACAAAUGGUCAAUUUCACGAAGUGAAGCAAUAAAUCGUAUGAACAAUGUUUAUCCAAAAGCACCAUCGACAUCAAUUUUAAUUGAUCCAUUUGUGACAAAAUUUUAUCAAUCCGACAAAGCAUUUGAAUCAGUAACAUUUGAGGAUUAUUUUGCAAUAAAAAAUUAUAUGGGCAAUGGUUAUAGAAGAAUAGCGCGCGAUACAAUUGAAGCAAAAUGUAUGCGUGAAGCACUUUAUCGUUUGGCAAUAAGACAAUCGGAUGAUCCAAUUGAGGAAUAUACAAAAACUCUAUAUCGUGGUGAAACAAGAUCACCAGAAAUUGUGGAAAAAUUAUUUUUCUCCAAUAAACGUGAAAUUGAGGUGAAUCGUUUUACAUCAACGUCAGCAAAUCGAAAUAUUGCAUUUAAAUUUCAAUAUCCAAUUGAUGAUGAUGCUGUGAGAAUUUUGUAUCAUAUACAAUUUCAAGAACCUUAUUUUCGUGCAAAAUUGGAAAAUGUCGUUAGUGGCAUUGUCGAAGAGGAAAGUGUUCUUUUACCGGGAAGUAAAUUUCGCAUUGAUAGUGUGGAAAGAACAAUAAUUUAUGGUGAAAAUAUUUUAGAAGUUAAAUUAUCAUUUGUACAUGAUGAAAUUCCAAAAUAUUUGUGGUAUCAAAAAAUUAUGGACGAAUUGGAAAAAUUGCGAAAAAAUAAUCCUGGUAGUUAUGAAAUUGAUCCGUUUUAAGGAAAUCUGCGAAUUUCGAUGUACGAAAAUUAAAUAUAAUUUUGUUAAAUUUAAUAAAAUAUUUUUAUAAAAUAA